AUGUUCUUCUCUCGCUUCUUCCUUCCUCUGCUCUCCUUCGGUGCCCUUUCCGCAUUGGCUGCACCCGUCCCCAGCGAGAACAUUGAGAGACGUGCCGACAUCUCCAACGUCCUCGGGAUUCUUGGAACCCUCGGUGGACAAACUGGAAUUAUCCUUCCAGAGAUCAACUCCCUUCUCUCUGGAGGUCUUGCCACUCAAUCUAACCUCACACCGCUCAUCGGCGGCCUGGUUAGCUCUUUGAACAGCGCUACAUCCUCCCUCGGUGUUCUAGGACCCGUCAGCACGGCCACUGGUGGUACCCCCGCAAGCGUUGCCAACACUGUUGCCCCCCUUGUUCAGCAAAUCACCACCACUUUGAACAACGCCCAAACUGCCGUCCCUGGACUUAGCACCGUCAUCGGAACACUUGGAGUUGACGCUUCUCUGGACCAAUUCCUCACCGGUUUGGAAAUUUCUGUUGCUGGAGUACUCAACUUGGUUUCUGCUUUGUUGACUACCAUUGCCGGAGUUCUCAGCUCUCUUGCGUUGUCCCUUGUCCUCGCUACAUUGGGGCUUUAA